CGAGGAGUAAAGUUGGGGUUGAAAGAAAAAAUGAAGGAGAAAAGUGAGAGUGGUGGUGGAGGGUAUGUAAGAGCAGAUCAAAUAGAUCUGAAGAGCUUAGAUGAGCAACUUCAAAGGCACCUUAGUAGAUCAUGGACGAUGGAGAAGAACAAGAACAAGAACAAGAAAGACGAGGGAGACGAAGGCGGUGCAGCUAGCGGCGGCGGCGGAGCACAGCUGAUGUCAAGCAACACUGUAAGAAGACAAGAGUGGGAGAUUGAUCCUUCUAAGCUUAUCAUCAAGACUGUUAUAGCUCGUGGCACUUUUGGCACUGUUCAUCGUGGUGUUUAUGAUGGCCAAGAUGUUGCUGUUAAACUUCUUGACUGGGGAGAAGAGGGCCACAGAUCCGAGGCCGAACUAUCUUCACUUCGAGCAGCUUUUACACAAGAAGUUGCAGUGUGGCAUAAGCUUGAUCAUCCUAAUGUAACAAAGUUUAUAGGGGCGACAAUGGGGUCGUCAGAGCUGAACAUACAAACGGAAAAUGGUCACAUCGGUAUGCCGAGUAAUGUUUGUUGUGUUAUUGUUGAAUAUUGUCCCGGGGGUGCACUGAAAUCAUACCUGAUAAAGAAUCGGAGAAGGAAGUUGGCUUUUAAAGUAGUUGUUCAACUGGCACUAAAUCUUGCACGAGGGUUGAGCUAUCUUCACUCCCAAAAGAUUGUCCAUAGAGAUGUCAAAACCGAAAACAUGCUUUUGGACAAGACGUUUACGGUCAAAAUAUCUGAUUUCGGGGUGGCUCGACUCGAGGCUUCAAAUCCGAACGACAUGACCGGAGAGACCGGAACCCUUGGUUAUAUGGCACCGGAGGUCCUUAAUGGCAAUCCCUACAAUAGAAAGUGCGAUGUGUAUAGUUUCGGUAUCUGUUUGUGGGAGAUAUAUUGCUGUGACAUGCCGUAUCCCGAUCUCAGCUUCUCGGAGGUGACAUCGGCUGUCGUCCGUCAGAAUCUGAGGCCGGAGAUACCUCGUUGCUGUCCGAGUUCUCUUGCAAAUGUAAUGAAGCGAUGCUGGGACGCAAACCCCGACAAACGGCCGGAGAUGGAUGAAGUGGUGUCGAUGAUGGAGGCCAUCGACACAUCAAAAGGUGGAGGCAUGAUCCCGCAGGAUCAACCCCAGGGUUGUUUGUGUUUCCGAAGAUAUCGAGGACCUUGAUAUCGAUACCAGAGGCAAAUAGUAGU